AUGGACGAUGAUGCUGAACAAGAUAUUUUGGGUCGAAUGUCAAUGACUUCAUUCGAAGAGAAGCUGUUCGGUCUUGUAGAAAGAAGUCCCAUUGAUACACGAGAAAUGUGUCCAAUCUGCCGUCGAAUGUUUCCAAGUGUACAUCAUCGUGCCUGGCACCAAUUCGUUCAUUUAGAAUCAUACACUGGAUUUCUGGAUAAAAAUUAUGGAACAGGAGAUUUGCCGUUUUUCAAUUUUUUUGUACCAUGCCCAAACUCUGAUUGCUCUCUCAAAUUCAUUGAUUUCACUGAUGCGAAAAUUCAUUAUCUUUUGGAACAUCAAUGCUGUCAAUUGUUUUGUUGCGGCAUUCGUUUUCCCGAGUAUUCAAUGGCAUUGCACCAUUUGGUAGAAGCAGAAAAUAUGGAAGCACGAGCAUCUUAUCGUAGACAUAAACAUGUCAUUAAUCUGCAACCCCUAUACGUCUGUAAAUGCUGUGAGAAAGUAUGGUCGUCCCGUAUGGAGUAUACUUCUCAUUUACAAGGAAAACAUAAUAUGUGCCCGGAUCCAAUGUGCAAACAUUUAUUCGAUGAUAACGAGAAAACAAUCACUCAUUUCUUCGAACAUCACUACAAACAUUUGUGGAUGGAUGGUCGUCACAUCCUCCUCAAUUACAACAUCUUCUUGAAAUACGACAAGACGCAAGAGGAACGGUCAAUAGGUAUCUAUCACUGUGAACAUUGUUAUCGAAGGUUCAAACAACGAUCUGAUCUUCAGGAUCACGUGGAAGCAAACAUUUGUGUAGCUACUGACAGAAAGAUCUUCUCACCAGCGAUUCCCUGUAAAUGUGGUUAUCAAUUCGUUUACUGUUACCAUCAACGUGAUAUUCUGCUCAGAUAUCUUCCAAUAUUCCGAGAAGCGUUGGAACAUAUCGCAAGAGAGGCUCCGUAUAGUGAAAUGCCUGAAGAUGUGAUUCAAAUCUAUCAUACAAUGCUUCGAGUCCUUGCUGAUGUGAAUUACCGUUUGAACAAUGAAAAAUAUUGGCAUUAUCAGAGGACAAACUCUUCGAAACAUUCUAGCAAGUUCUCUCCUAGACAAAUUUCUAAAAUUUUGAUAGGUGUUGUCGAAUAUUUUGUUAAAAUUAUGUAG